AGCUGCACAGCAUAGAUUACUUUAUUAUUGGCUUGGUAUCUGGUAGCGCAAAGUAUGCCGUUGACUCCCAUGGAUUAACGCUAAGUAACCAGUCGCCUCGGCAUGUCAGGUCCCAUCUCGGAAUGUCAUCGAGCAUGAAACUAGCCCUUAGAGACACAUUUUGAUUUAUGUCUCCUUUAUGUGAAUCUCCUUUGAAAUAAUACCUAUAUCCCAACUAUAAAUUCAGACUUUAAGCGUCAACAAAUGCCGCGACUGACCUGCCACGCUUACCGUUGACCCGCAUUUGCGUCUGCCAACCUUGCCAACCUACCUUGGGCCAUAGCAACAUCCACCACCAACCAUGCAACGUUGAUGACGCCCAGCACUGCAAACCAACCACACCUGUCGCGAUAGCAUAUCAGGCUUUCGUUUCCAUUAAACGUCUUGUUCGAUCUUGAUAUCGAGUACAUACGGCACCGCGAGAAGCUUGGCUGCAUUGAUCCCCAGCGGCGUCGCUGGCUAACAAUGUCAGCAACCGCCUCAGCUCCUCCUAGUGCAGUUGAAGCACAGGGCAUGUCCAGACGUGAGGGGCAGGGAUCAUCUUCCAGGCGCGACAGUCAAUCGUAUUCGAAUCCAUCCCGGACGCAGUCGACGAGAUCGAGACCUUCCGCUGCUGUUCCCAGCCCAGUUCGCGCCCACUCCUCGAAUUCACGCCCGACCUCGCGACGCGUGGACGAGAUACUCCCGCAACAAGACUAUGAGACAACGAACGUAGCUCAAUCAAGCAGGAAGAGAUCCACCGAUCGUACCAACCAUAUUCGGACGGAGUCAUCGAGAAGCGGACAUACCAGAAGCUCGUCGCGCCAUCAUCCCACCUCAGAUAUGCCGAGCGCAGCUGGUAGCUCGAGUGCCGCUGGCCCAGCGCCAGUUGUGGUCCCCGUGGAACAAAAGGCCACGAGACAAGGAAGAUCGAGAACUGUGAUACCCGCUCAAACAGGUAACUGGAUCCUGGGAAAGACCAUUGGUUCCGGAAGUAUGGGGAAGGUGAAGCUAGCGAGACGUGUUGAAGGUGAAGAAGAGGUUGCUGUCAAGAUCGUUCCCCGCGGCUCGACCCCCGAUGAAUCCCAACAGCAGAGCCGGGCUGAUCGUGAGCGUGCCGAACGUUCCAAGGAGGUACGCACUGCAAGAGAAGCCGCAAUUGUGACACUCCUCGACCACCCAUAUAUCUGCGGCAUGCGAGACGUCGUACGCACGAGCCACCAUUGGUAUAUGCUAUUCGAAUACGUCAAUGGGGGCCAAAUGCUUGACUAUAUCAUCUCUCAUGGUAAAUUGAAGGAGAAGCUGGCGAGAAAGUUCACACGCCAAAUUUCGAGUGCUCUUGACUAUUGUCACCGCAAUAGCAUCAUCCAUAGAGACCUGAAGAUCGAGAACAUUCUCAUCAGCAAGACGGGUGAUAUUAAAAUCAUCGAUUUCGGCUUGAGCAACUUGUUUGCACCAAAAUCGCAUCUGAAGACAUUCUGCGGUAGCCUAUACUUUGCUGCACCAGAAUUGCUGCAGGCCAAGGCGUAUACCGGUCCUGAGGUUGACAUCUGGAGUUUCGGAAUUGUUUUGUAUGUUCUGGUGUGUGGCAAAGUUCCAUUUGAUGACCAGAGCAUGCAAGCUCUGCAUGCCAAAAUCAAGAAGGGCAUUGUCGAGUACCCGAGUUGGCUCAGUUCUGACUGUAAAAAUCUCAUCUCACGGAUGCUUGUAACAGACCCAAAACAAAGAGCCACUCUUCAUGAAAUCAUGAAUCAUCCCUGGGUACUCAAGGGGUUUGGCUUCCCUCCAGAGAACCAUCUCCCCGCACGUGAACCAAUCCAGCUUCCUCUUGAUCCUGAGGUGGUACGUGCCAUGACAGGAUUUGAUUUCGGUGCGCCGGAACUUAUCCACCAGCAAUUGACGGAAGUUAUUGAGUCUGACGACUACCAACGCGGUAUUCGAUUGGCCGCCCGCGACAAGGGAUCGCAAACUCCGAGAGAUGUUGAGAAGAAGAGGGGAUUUGGCUUUGACUUCUACAAGCGCAGAAGCUCCACAAAUAGCAAGGACACCCUCACAACACCUUCGACUGAAGGCUUGCAAUUGGGCAACGACCCUGUAAAUGCAUUCCAUCCUCUGAUAUCCGUCUACUACUUGGUUCGUGAGAAGCAAGAUAGGGAUCGUAGAGCAGCCAACCCAGGGGCUACUAGCCUGCCACGUUCUCCAAAUGAGGCGCCUCUGCAAAUGGCUGAGAUUGCUCCCCCUCAGGCUGCACACACCAAUACGGCAGCGUAUGAAAUGCCAGGUGAGACGGCCACCGGAGGAAGAACUCGCGCCCGUGCACGAACACAUGGCGAAGACGAUGUAACGGAAUCCAUGAAGAACUUGAAAGUUGGAGGAGCUAGCGGACCGACCUCACCAGCUGCCAUUGAUGCGCCGGGCGGGCAACUGAAGAAGGAGAGUGCUGCAACCAGCCUUCUUAGGCGAUUCAGCACACGUAAACGCAGGGAUGCACCUGAGCGAAACAUUGACAAGCAUUAUCCGCCAGCCGUAACAGUGCGAUCGCCAAGUGAGGCACCGACGACACUGAGAAAAAGCUUCAGUAUUCGUCGUGUUAGAGAACGUGACCGUGGCGCUCAAUCAAGCACCAUUCUGCCUUCCAGCACCAGCAACCGUCAGGACCGCGACUUGUUGACUCCACCACAAACAGCAGACGGAGUUAGGGCAGGCAAGAUGAUCGGAAGAUCCACAAGCGUCAAUUCGGCAGAAUACCGCCGACGCCACGAAGAUCGUGAACCUAAGCCGCGGGUGACGUACAAAGAGCCACCAGCAACAAGCGGUUCGGACCACUCACUUGCCAGUGGGGCGAGAUCUUCCAUGAAUGAGAAGUCUCGCGAUGAGGAUCAGACCGCAGCCCCUCGCUCUGGAACCAAUAGGGCGAAAUCGCUCGGCCACGCUAGGAGAGAGAGCAUCCAAGCUCGCCGUGCCCGACGUGAGGAGGCAAAGGAGAAAGAUAUCCCAGAGAAGGCCAGUCUGGAGAUAUCCGAUAAUAAUGGCGAUAGCUAUGGCAGUGGCAAUGCCGAAAACGCGAGACCUGUGUUCCUGAAGGGUCUCUUCAGUGUGUCCACCACCUCGACGAAGCCUGUCAACACCAUUAGAACGGAUAUCAUUCGCGUUUUGAAACAACUCAACGUGAAUUACAAAGAGGUUCGGGGAGGAUUCCAGUGUCGCCACAUGCCCAGCAUCGACUUGAAGAAGGUGGUUGAUGUUCCUUCCAGCUCCCAGAACUUGCAGCCUCCGGGGUCAUCGCACCGUCGCCGCAUUAGUUUUGGUGGGUUUACUUUGGGUGGCGGUAAUGAUCGAGAGCGUGAUGAAUAUAGAGAUGUUGAGAGAAUCGCUCCAGCACCAAAGAAUUCUCGUCGUGCUGCUGCAGAUGCGAGCUAUUCCAACUCGGACGUGUCUGAUGAUAGUAGCGGUCGAUCUAAGCAACGCAGCUCGUCGAGGCGAGCUGCAGGAGAGACUACCACCCAUGUCCAGAGCGAUCUUGGUGGCAGCAUGAUUCUUGAGUUUGAGAUCUUGAUUGUCAAGGUUCCACUGUUCUCUCUGCACGGAAUCCAGUUCAAGAGACUGACUGGUGGCACUUGGCAAUACAAGAACAUGGCGGAUCAAAUCUUGAAGGAGCUUCGCCUCUAAGGGCCUAAGUGGUGAUAGUUGGUAAUACAAGAAUAUGGCGGAUCAAAUUCUGAUGGAAGUUUGCCUCUUAAGGCGAUACAAGAACAUAGCCGGAUGAGUUUUGAAGGAAGUUGGUCUCUAAGGCGAUAUAAGAACAUAAGCGGUCGAGUUUUGAAAGAGCUUCAACACUAAGAGCCCAACUAGCGAUACUUCGAAAAACAAGUUCGCAAAACAAGAGUACGCCCAAUCAAAUUUCGGCAGAGCUCCAACUCUAAGUCGACGAGGCAAACACGAACGAACGAAAAUGGUGAUGAGUAAACGGCGGUAUCGGGGACGACGAUUUUAUUUUCUUUGCAGACGAUCAGGAUUCCAUUACGGACACAACGGAUCAACGAGUUUUCUAUGUUUGAGUCAUGCACAUUUGCUAUUUUAUUUUUCUUCUACUUUCUGCCUGGUCACUGCAUAUUACGGUGUGGUUAUAUGAGCGUUCAGAUGCCUACUCUUUUUCUCGUCCAGCCUUCGGCACACAUUUGUUGGGGCGUCUUAUAGGUUAUGAUGCCUCGGAGUAUACAGAAAGAUGGGAUAUUGCAAGUCGUUAGGAGCGUAAUGAUCGGCUAUUGCCGUAGGGAAUAUAGUAAUGAUCUUUAUUCGGGGGUUCGAGUGUGAUUUGCGUGAUAUGCGGUCUCAGUUGUGGAGCUCAAGGGCGGGAUAAUACACUGAACUUAGGAGUAGAUAGUGAAGCUAACCUAACCUCUCUUGUAGCAGGGAG